GUAAUCAUCAAAAAGCAAGGACUCAAUGCAAAGUUGAUGACAAAACCGAAAGGAAAGGAGUCAAAGGAGCUUGCCAAAGUGUACUAUAAAUUACUACAGAGGCAUGUAGAAUUGGAGGAUAUGACCUCAGGGACCAUGAAUCCUAGUGAAUUGCUUGUGAGACGGUUCUGUUCCAGUCUUGGCAUGAGAAACUAUGCCGUGAAAGCUGUGGGUGAAGCUCUUGCAAAAAUGAAAUAG